AUGAAAAUUUUGGGAGCUCUAGCCUUGGUCGCUCUGAUUGAGUUCGGAUCGGGAUUGGAGGUAGUCUGUCCUACAGACGGAAAAAGUGCGUAUUUGGCUAAUCCUGAAGAUUGCGGACAGUAUUAUGUCUGUGUGUGGGGAAGAUCCGUGAGCCAGAGCUGUGCCAAGGGAUUAUACUGGAACGAUCGGACGAAAAACUGUGAUUGGCCACAUAAUGCCAACUGUGUCUCGACGGGUGGAAAGAAUCCGGAUGCCUGUGUGCUCGGGGAAAUGACGCCCCACAGCAAAUACUACGUUUGUCUUGGCAUUAGUAAAGUGGUAUCCGAAUGUGGAUCUGGGUUACAUUUCAAUCCGCGAGCUCUGGUUUGUGAUUAUCCAGCUGCCGCUGGAUGUGCCAGUUCUCCUAUUGUUUCUUCAACGACAGAAAUUACAAACUUACCAACGACUACCGCUGCAGGAUCGUCGACUGAAUCGACCUGGACUCCAACGACGACCGUAGAACCUCAAACAACUGAUGUACAAACAACAAGUACAGCUCCUUCAACCGAAGAAGCUUCAUGGCCUUCGACAAGUGUACCAUCCACAACAACAGAAGGUUUACCUUCAACCACGGUAGAUCCAUCUGUGGAAGAAACGACAGAAUCUGUUUCAACGACAGUCGAACCAGCAACCGAAACCACGGAUUCUUGGACGACGGAAGAACCUGUUACCACAACAGCAGAGACAUCAUCAUCAACGACGACGGCAGAACCAACAACGGAGGUUCAAACAACGGUAGUGUUUGAAACCACAACACUAGAAGCUUCAUCUCCAAUAACGACGGAAGAACCGACGACAGAACAGCAAACAACGGAAGGGCAAUCUAGUGUAACCACAACACAGGAAGCUUCAUCACCAAUCACCACGGUUGAUCCAACAACUUUCACCACAACUUCACCAGCUGCAUCGUCACCAAUAACAACGGAAGCUUCAACUACAGAGGCUGAAAUAACAGGACCCGAAACGACCGAAGCUGCUACAACAGAAGAUCUGACAACAGAAGCAGAGACGACGGAUGCUCCAACGACCGACGGAGGCAUUGUUGAACAAUCUUCAACGGAUGGACAAACGAGUGAAACAACCGAAGGUGAAACAACAGACAACGGACAAUCCAGUGAAACGACUGCAGCAGAAACUGAAGAGCCAUCAACUGAAACAACUGCUGCUGCAUCGUCUUCGGUACAAGCAGAUCAAACAGCAACCGCAGAUGUCUCGUCGCAACCUCCAACAACUGUUGUGGUGGUGCUGAAGGAUCAAACACCGGCCAGCAAAGGAAAAUCGGAUAACAGUAACAAAACCAAAUCUGGUAAACCACAGGAUAGUGCGGAAAAGUCUGCUGAGGACAGCGGUGAAAAACAGCCUUCGAGCAACAAAGGAAAGUCCAAAUCGACGGCAACCGGUAAAGAUCAGGGUAGUGGAGAAGACUCCUCGGAGAACUCCGUCGAACAACAGAAGAAAACUCUACAGGAGCAGCUUAGAAACCAUCCUCUGAGGAAUUGGUUCCAGUUCCUGUGGCGAGCUGAAUAAAUUUCAAUGGAUCUGUUAGGCAUUCUUUUAGAGAUUAUAAAUAACAUAGUUUAAAUGGUCCUUAA